AUGAGGACCCUCGCUCUGCUUGCUGCCAUUCUCCUGGUGGCCCUGCAGGCCCAGGCUGAGCUCCACUCAGGGAUGGCUGAUGACGUUGUGGACCAGCAACAGCCCCGGGCACAAGAUCUGGACGUGGCCAUCUACAUUAAACAGGAUGAAACCUCAGCCCUUGAAGUUUUGGGUGCAAAGGCAAGGGCCAUGUGUUUUUGCAGACAAUACCUUUGUGGGUCUGGGGAACUUUUCUCGGGGUACUGUACAAUGCGUGGAAUCCGCCUCUCACUCUGCUGCCGCCGCUGA